AUGGAAACAACAAGGCCAAACUACUGCAUGAUCAUCCAGACCAACCACUUCAAUGCUUUGACUGAGUCUGGAUUUGGGCUACCUGAGACGACAAUACCUGAGAUGCAGACCUUCUACCAGGCCCACCACACCAUCCAUCACCCUUCAGGUCUCUACCUGGACCCCAUCUUGAUGCAGCAACAUGUUCUGGAAGAUCAAGUGGAGCUGUGGUGGUUCAGAGAACCACGCCGCUCCCUGCUCUGCUACUGUGCCUCAGUGGCUCUCAUACUGGGGCUGGGCCUUGGUGGUGUGGGCCUCCUCUCAACCACCACCAGUCUGUCAGGUGAAUGGCGCCUCGGGGUGGGCACCACGCUCUGCCUCUUAGCCCUGGCUGUUCUCCUCAAGCAGCUUCUCAGCUCUGCCAUCCAGGACAUGAACUGUGUGCGCAGUCGGCGUCGGAUUGACCAGCUGAAGAGCGGCGGGAGGGCUGACCCAGCACUGAUCUUAGCUGUGGGGUUGGCAGUGAUGCUCUGUGGGACGGUGCUCCUCUGCUUGGUCACAAUUGGCAACAGAGUUCAUGACAGCAAGGAAAUGUUGGUGUCUAGUCUUGUGCUGAUGGCUGCUGGGACAGGCAUGGCUUUUGCUGUGGUGGGCUACAGUGUGCUCAUCUACUUUAAGAGAAGAAGGGAGCAGAGGAGGAGGCUGAUGAUGAGAAUAAGCAGAGCAAGAAGACUAAGGAGUCGAGCUGUCAGGGUGUUCAGUGUCUCAGGAGGACAGGUGAGCCAAGCCAGAAGAGAAACAUUCUCCAGCAGGAUUAGUCUCAUCUGA